AUGACGUCUGGAGAUACAUAUGUUUUAUAUGCCGUUCGGAAAGUGCACGAUUAUACUAUAGGAUGUGGCAUACCAAUUAGGGCGCCGAUCGAUGGAAAUUACGUAAAUGGAUGCCUGACGGAGUUUGAGAAAUUUAUCGAGGGUGGUCGCCCAACUUGGGUAUGGUUCGAGGAACUGCUGGGUGUUUUGCCUCCAACAAAAUGCAUCGACAAGUUUACGGUAAAAUACAGUUGGAUGCAGGAGACUUUCGGUGAGCUUCCUCAUGGCGCCGAUGAUGCAACGGUUAGGAGGUAUGCCCGGAAGUAUAUCAUGAUACUUUUGGGGACUCAGCUAUUCGGCGACAAGUUCAGUACUCGCCUUCAUAUUCGGUGGUUGCCAUAUGUAGCCAGGCUUGAGGACAAAGGUGGGUACAGUGGGGGAUUAGCUGCUCUCUCAUGGUUAUACAUGUGCAUGUGCCGCAUGGCAAACAUGAACGUUGUAAAGUUAGUCAGUCCAUUGCAGCUGCUUCAGCCAUGGAUCUUUUGGCGAUUUUUUAGUUUCAGGCCCGAUGGAUAUAGCCCCUUUGGUUGGUCUUUGGCCUCGAGGUAA